UUGGAAGAGCAGACCAAACAGUUCUUCGGCAACGCAAAGGUGAUGAAAGCGGAUCAGAGAGACGUCGAGUACGACCGCAUCAAACAGGACUACUACAAGACCUUAGAGGACGCGGAAGAGAAGGUGCACUUAGCCAAUCAGAUCUACGAAUUGGUCGACAAAUAUCUCAGACGAUUAGACCAGGAGUUGCAGAAAUUUAAGAUAGAGUUGGAGGCCGACAACAGCGGCAUCACUGAAGUACUAGAGAGGAAGUUAGAUAACCCGCCGCCCAUUGCUGUCAAUCACGUGCGAGAGAAGCGGAAGUAUACCUUUCAUAACACCAGUAAUAAUGUCAAUGCAAACGCUUCCUACUCUUCGCCACAUCCCGAUCGACAGCAUAUGACUUCUUCGUCAGAGAAAGUCCUUUCCAUUGCUCAAGAGAUAUAUCGGGGAACUGUUGCCACUCCUAACCCGUUGUCUGGCGGGUCGGGAAUGAUCACCAGUUCCAACAUCACUAGCAAUCGUCUCAAUUCAAACGCUUUCACACCACUCCUAGCGGUCGUAAACGCCAACAAUAAUAAUAGUUAUCCGAACGGCAAUAACUCG